AUGCCUGAGCCUCUUCACUUGUUCGAUCUUCCAGUCGACAUCCUGUCGCUGAUCCUACAGCAACUGCUCACAGCCCCAGAUGGCGGCACCAUCCCUCUCUGUCCCUACAGAGCCCUCUCCCUCGGUAUCAACCCCGUACCUAUCUUCCUCAUCCACCCGUCCAUAUACGUAAUCGCCCAUCCAAUCUUCUACGGGCCGGGAAACACAUUCCUGCUGGACCUGACGGGCACUCACGCCUCCCAUGUGCGGCACUUCAUUGAUGACGCGGCCGAGGAUCUGCCGGAUGAUGUGGACAGGAGCGGCAGGCAACAGGCACAGAGACAGCUUCUGCUGCGACAAACGGGAGGCCGGUUCCUCCUCCUGUCACAAGAGGCGAGGCGCAGGGUGCGAAAGUUGGAGAUCAGGAUUGAUAGGCUGAGGGGCUGGCUUUGGGAGUACUUGGGGCCCUUCCUGCAGGACAUGGCAGUGAGUGGCGAGUUGGGGGAUUUAACACUGGUUGUAGAUGAUGGCACUGGAAGCAAGGAGAGGCCCCAGUCGACCUCGAGGGCCUUUUUGCGGCAGAGGAAGAGAGUGUUUGAUAAGCCACCGCUGGAAGGGCUGGUGAGGCUGUUGGCGGACCCGGGGAUAAGAGAGGCGAGGCUGAGGGUCAAGGGGAGGCAUGAUCGGGCGUGGUGCGAGUUUCACCAGGGGAAUGAGUGCAACCCUUUGUCAUUCCUGAGGCCAGGGAAUGACGGAAAUGGCGAUGAUGCGGCGAAGAAGGAGGCUGAAAAGGUGAUUGAUAUUAACUGGAGGGCAAUCUUGAAUGCAGUUGACCCCGAGGGGAGGGGGAGAGCGGUGGCCUGGCAAGUGUAG